GAGGCGCGUCCGCGUGUGCCGGAGGCGCGGUGGUAGGGUCGUGGGUCCCAGCAGGGUGGCCUAGGUUAUUGGCCGCGCCUCUGCGGCCGCCAUCUUUCCCGCGUCCGGACUCCCACGGCGGGAGGGGCGGUGACCAAGCCGGAAGUGGCUGUGCGGUGACCGCGCUGCCUCCUCAGUGUGGCUGCUAGAAACAAAUCUGGCUAGCACUGUAUUCUGUCCGAGAGUGCUGUUACAGAUGUUCUGGUGAAGAAUACAAGCUCAGCAUGGCUUUCCUGUGGUCAAAACCAUUGACGGGAAGUGAACAUUUGUAAAACUUGAAGAUUUUCAGUGAAUGGACCUGACUGGACUAUUUGAGCACAUCAUUAAACAUGAGCGGUACCAAACCUGAUAUAUUGUGGGCACCACACCAAGUUGAUAGAUUUGUUGUGUGUGACUCAGAACUGAGCCUUUAUCACGUGGAAUCUACUGUGAAUUCAGAACUCAAAGCUGGAUCUUUACGUUUAUCUGAAGACUCUGCGGCUACAUUACUAUCAAUAAAUUCAGAUACACCUUAUAUGAAAUGUGUUGCCUGGUAUCUCAAUUAUGAUCCUGAAUGCCUCCUGGCAGUUGGACAAGCAAAUGGUCGAGUUGUACUUACAAGUCUUGGUCAGGAUCAUAACUCAAAAUUCAAAGAUUUGAUAGGAAAAGAAUUUGUCCCAAAACAUGCCCGACAAUGCAAUACCCUUGCAUGGAAUCCAUUGGAUAGUAACUGGCUUGCUGCUGGGCUAGAUAAACAUAGAGCUGAUUUUUCAGUGCUGAUUUGGGAUAUUUGCAGCAAAUAUACUCCUGAUAUAGUUCCCAUGGAGAAAGUGAGACUUUCAGCAGGUGAAACUGAAACAACAUUAUUAGUAACAAAACCUCUUUAUGAAUUGGGACAGAAUGAUGCUUGUCUCUCUCUUUGUUGGCUUCCACGAGACCAGAAACUUCUCCUUGCGGGUAUGCAUCGUAACCUAGCCAUAUUUGAUCUUCGGAAUACGAGCCAAAAGAUGUUUGUAAAUACAAAAGCUGUUCAGGGGGUGACAGUAGACCCAUACUUCCAUGAUCGUGUUGCUUCCUUCUAUGAAGGUCAGGUUGCAAUAUGGGAUCUAAGGAAAUUUGAGAAGCCAGUUUUGACUUUGACUGAGCAACCAAAGCCCUUAACAAAAGUAGCAUGGUGUCCAACUAGGACUGGUCUGCUUGCCACUUUGACAAGGGAUAGUAAUAUUAUUAGAUUAUAUGAUAUGCAGCACACACCCACUCCCAUUGGAGAUGAAACUGAACCCACAAUAAUUGAAAGAAGUGUGCAACCUUGUGACAAUUACAUUGCUUCCUUUGCUUGGCAUCCAACAAGUCAAAAUCGAAUGAUAGUUGUAACUCCCAACCGAACAAUGUCUGACUUCACUGUUUUUGAAAGGAUAUCUCUUGCCUGGAGCCCAAUUACAUCUUUAAUGUGGGCUUGUGGUCGUCAUUUGUAUGAGUGUGCAGAAGAAGAAAAUGAUAAUUCUUUAGAUAAAGAUAUAGCAACGAAGAUGCGCCUUCGGGCUUUGUCCAGGUAUGGACUUGAUACAGAACAGGUGUGGAGAAACCAUAUUUUAGCUGGAAAUGAAGAUCCACAGCUCAAGUCACUCUGGUAUACUCUGCACUUUAUGAAACAGUAUACAGAAGAUAUGGAUCAGAAGUCUCCAGGAAACAAAGGAUCAUUGGUUUAUGCAGGAAUUAAAUCAAUUGUAAAAUCGUCUUUGGGAAUGGUGGAAAGCAGCAGACAUAAUUGGAGCGGUUUGGAUAAGCAAACUGAUAUUCAGAAUUUAAAUGAAGAGAGAAUUUUAGCUUUACAGCUUUGUGGGUGGAUAAAGAAAGGAACGGAUGUAGAUGUAGGGCCAUUUUUGAACUCCCUUGUGCAAGAAGGGGAAUGGGAGAGAGCUGCUGCAGUGGCAUUGUUCAACUUGGAUAUUCGACGAGCAAUCCAAAUCCUGAAUGAAGGGGCAUCUUCAGAGAAAGGCGAUCUGAAUCUCAAUGUGGUAGCAAUGGCUUUAUCAGGUUACACAGAUGAGAAAAACUCCCUUUGGAGAGAAAUGUGCAGCACUCUACGACUACAACUAAAUAACCCCUAUCUGUGUGUCAUGUUUGCAUUUCUGACAAGUGAAACAGGAUCUUAUGAUGGAGUAUUGUAUGAAAACAAAGUUGCUGUACGUGACAGAGUGGCAUUUGCUUGUAAAUUCCUUAGUGAUAGUCAGUUAAAUAGGUAUAUUGAAAAGUUGACCAACGAAAUGAAAGAGGCUGGAAAUUUGGAAGGAAUACUGCUUACAGGCCUUACUAAAGAUGGAGUGGACUUAAUGGAGAGUUAUGUCGAUAGAACUGGAGAUGUCCAAACAGCAAGUUACUGCAUGUUACAGGGUUCUCCUUUAGAUGUUCUUAAAGAUGAAAGAGUCCAGUACUGGAUUGAGAAUUAUAGAAAUUUAUUAGAUGCCUGGAGAUUUUGGCACAAACGAGCUGAGUUUGAUAUUCACAGGAGUAAGUUGGAUCCCAGUUCUAAGCCUUUAGCUCAGGUUUUUGUGAGUUGCAAUUUUUGUGGCAAGUCAAUCUCCUACAGCUGUUCAACUGUGCCUCAUCAGGGCAGAGGUUUUAGUCAGUACGGUGUCAGCGGUUCACCAACAAAAUCUAAAGUCACGAGCUGCCCUGGUUGUCGGAAACCCCUUCCUCGAUGUGCGCUUUGCCUCAUUAAUAUGGGAACACCUGUUUCUAGCUGUCCUGGAGGAUCCAAAUCAGAUGAAAAAGUAGACUUGAGCAAGGAUAAAAAAUUAGCUCAAUUUAACAACUGGUUCACAUGGUGUCACAAUUGCAGGCAUGGUGGACAUGCUGGUCAUAUGCUUAGUUGGUUCAGGGACCAUGCAGAGUGUCCCGUUUCUGCAUGCACAUGUAAAUGUAUGCAGUUGGAUACAACAGGAAAUCUGGUACCUGCAGAGACUGUCCAGCCAUAAAAUGUUAUCACCUAAAGAGAAACCUUCAAGUGUGGAGCUUUCUAAUAGAUGUCCUUCAUAGCUCAAAAACGUACCUCAGAACAAGUCACUCAUGACUUUCCUGUAAUGGGAAAAUAAAUCAUUCUAUCAAAUCA